UUGGUCUAAACCCGGAUCCAAAUUGCUAACCCAGCAGCAGGCAACACCAAAAUUCUCUUCUGCUUCACUCUAUAAACCAAAAAAAAAACAGAUAGAAGGCACAAUCCCCAAGCUCCAAUCACAGUACUAAAACGGUAAUUUUCUUCUGUAAUUAUCCAAAAUUCCCUAAUUACUUACACUUUUUGGUGUAAUUUUAGGUGCACAUAUUAAACAAGAAUAUGAAUGCCCUAGUGAAUGAGUUCAUAAUCAAGCUUAAGAAACGGAAAAUUGAGGGGUCGAAAGCAACAGCAAAAGUAACAGCAGAAGUGUUACGGUCGUGUAUAUCGCAACAGAGACUACCUCAUACCAAUCAGGCAGCUGCUCUCAUUGAUGCAAUCAGAGCUAUUGGGGAAAAAUUGAUUGCUGCUAAUCCAGUUGAGCUCGCUGUCGGUAACAUUGUUAGGCGAGUUCUUAACAUUAUAAGGGAGGAGGAUGUAUCUUUGACAACUGCUGCUGUUGGUGGGUUGGGUGUAUCGGCUGGAAGUGAUGAUGAAGAUGAUUUCAAGCAAGAUGAUCAUCCAGAUUUAUCUGCCACAGCUGUGGCUGCUGCUGCUAGAAGCACCUUGAGAGCACCUUCCUUGCAGACCCUCCUUGAAGACAUCCCACAAUCAACAGCUGUACCUCAUGCACCUUCUUCUGGUGGUGAUUCUGAAGGAAAAACCAAAUCUGCUGAUAAGAAUUCAACGAGCAGGAAACUAAAGCAUAAUGUCAUUGAGGCUGUUAAUGAACUUAUUCAAGAUAUUGCUACUUGCCACGAACAGAUUGCUGAACAAGCAGUUGAGCAUAUCCAUCACAAUGAGGUAAUCUUAACUUUAGGCAAUUCAAGAACGGUGAUGGAAUUUCUAUGUGCUGCAAAGGAAAAGAAGAGAUCUUUCCGGGUUUUUGUGGCAGAGGGUGCCCCAAGGUAUCAGGGACAUGCCCUUGCAAAAGAAUUGGUUGCCAGGGGCCUGCAGACCACGGUUAUCACUGAUUCUGCUAUUUUCGCAAUGAUCUCGAGAGUCAACAUGGUUGUAGUUGGAGCCCACGCUGUCAUGGCUAAUGGUGGGGUUAUUGCACCUGUCGGAAUGAAUAUGGUGGCUCUAGCAGCUCAAAGGCAUGCUGUUCCCUUUGUUGUUCUUGCAGGCACUCACAAGUUAUGUCCUUUGUAUCCGCACAAUCCAGAGGUCUUGCUAAAUGAAUUGAAGUCACCAGCUGAGCUACUGGAUUUUGGGGAAUUCUCAGAUUGCCUCGAUUCUGGGAGCAGCUCUGGUUCCCCUCUACUUCAUGUUGUUAAUCCCGCAUUUGAUUACGUCCCACCAAAUCUUGUUAGUUUGUUUAUAACAGACACGGGUGGACAUAAUGCUUCAUACAUGUAUCGGCUCAUAGCUGACUAUUAUUCUGCUGAUGAUUUUGUGGUGAAACAGAUCGAUUUCUUGAAAUAGUAUCAAGCUUCAGCUGUUCUAUAAAUAUCAGUGAGCUAUCGUUUCUUAAGCAUCAAUGCAUUUCUCAGAUAAGUUAUGGUGUCCAAAAAUUUGACUGUAGUGGGGCUGUGGUGUAGCAACAAGGCACGAAUGUGGAAUAGUUGCAUGAAACGCGUUUUUUUUUGCUUUGUUCAUUUCUUCCUCUUAAUUGGAUUCACAUUUAAAACAUCUAUUUUUUCCUACUUUCCUCUUUUGUUUGUUCAUAGCACUGCCAUACUGCAGCCUCGAAUUUUCUAUGGUCAACCUGUCUUACUUUCACCUGUUCAAAUUGAAAUAAGUUAUUAGCCUUGUCCAAUAUUCCAGAUAGUAUUGCCAAGUAGUUUGACCGAUAAAAGCAGAAUCAUCGAGAAACUAAGAAAAAGCAAAGAACUUGAGUUGUUUUUGCAAAGUUUCUCUUGCUCUUUAAUCCAGUUUAAUUCUUUCAAGAGGAAAAUCUGCAAAAUACUGAGUAGUUCCACCCAAAGAGAGUCCUGUUUGUUAUUGCAUCCGCUAACUUUAGACCAUGCUACUAGCUGUUGGAUUUCGUUACAAACUAAUCCUAUAGUUGAUUGACGCUCAGGUAACUCAUUCAGCUGAACCUAAAACAAGCUGCAGGCAAGGAGUCCUCUCCUGGAUUUAUUACAAGUACAUGAGAAGGCCGAAUUAAAUGUAUACCCGGAUGAAGUUCGUGUAAAGACGCUUGAACAACAGGCAUUAUAGUCAAAAUGACAAGUUUAGUAAUCAUAUUCUUUUUCAUUUGUCCAAGAGGCUACACCUAUAUUGUACUGACUGCAAUAAGCAGAUGAAGAGAGCCUCCCGAUUUUGGAGUGUAGAUUGUUUUUGAUAUUAGAUUUGUGCUUGAAUAUUGUGCUUUGGGAUAUAUACAGCGCAUUUUUUAUGGGCU